GACACCCACAGCAGCAGCAGAGGAUGGGUGUUGGAGGACAGCUAACAGACACAGUGGAGGCUGGCAGUGGCAGAGAUGCAGGUGUUUUUACCUGGGAGGAGGUGCACAAACACUGCAGCAGAAAAGAUCAAUGGCUGGUGAUCAAUCGAAAGGUUUACAACAUCACUCAGUGGACCAAGAGACAUCCGGGAGGGUCAAGUGUCAUCAGCCUGUAUGCUGGAGAAGAUGCCACGGAGGCAUUCACUGCUUUUCAUCCUGAUCUAAAUUUUGUGCAAAAGUUUUUGAAGCCUCUUCUGAUUGGGGAGCUGGCAGCAGCAGAACCCAGCCAGGAUCCCAACAAGAAUACUGCAAUCAUACAGGAUUUUGAAAAAUUACGAGCUCAGGCAGAGAAAGAUGGUUUGUUUAAGACGAAGCCUUUGUUCUUCUGCCUCCAUCUGGGUCACAUCCUGCUGCUGGAGGUNUCUUCGUGGACCCUUCUCUGGCUCUGGGGGACAGGCUGGACAGUGACGUUACUGUGUGCGGCACUGCUGGCAACUUCACAGGCACAAGCUGGGUGGUUGCAGCAUGACUUUGGCCAUCUUUCUGUCUUUAAGAAGUCUGGAUGGAAUCAUCUUGUGCACAAGUUUGUCAUUGGACAUUUAAAGGGUGCCUCAGCCAGCUGGUGGAAUCAUCUUCAUUUCCGACACCAUUCCAAACCCAAUGUUCUGGAUAAAGAUCCCGACGUCAACAUGUCGGGUCUCUUCGUUUUAGGAGCCGUUCAGCCAGUGGAAUACGGCAUCAAAAAGAUCAAACACAUGCCCUACAAUCACCAACACCAGUACUUUUUUCUCUUGGCACCCCCAUUACUCAUUCCAGUGGUGUUCAAUCUUCAAAUACUAAGGACCAUGAUUUCCCGUCGCGACUGGGUG